AUGAUGCUCGAGGAGAAAUAUAUCGGCCUCGGGUUGGCCAUGACCUCGAGUCUGGCGAUUGGCACGAGCUUUGUUAUCACGAAAAAGGGUUUACAAGAUGCCGAGAAGCGACAUGGAUUUGAAGGCGAAGGCUUCGUAUACCUUCGAAGCCCCAUCUGGUGGGCGGGCAUUGGAACUUUGGGUAUUGGUGAAGUGUGCAACUUCGCCGCCUAUGCCUUUGCGCCGGCCAUCCUCGUCACACCUCUAGGUGCCCUGAGUGUCCUCAUCGGGGCUGUUCUUGGUUCUUACUUCUUGAAGGAAGAGCUUGGUAUUCUGGGCAAACUCGGCAGCGCAAUAUGUCUCAUUGGCACCGUUAUCAUUGUUCUCCAUGCCCCUCCAGAUGAAGAAAUCGAAACCAUCGACCAGAUCCUGCAUUACGCUAUCCAACCAGGGUUCCUACUUUAUGCGAUUGCCGUGGCCGUAUACUCGAUCGUCAUGAUAUACAAGGUUGCCCCCGUCCAUGGAAAGAAGAACGCGCUCAUUUUCCUGUCCAUCUGCUCCACGGUUGGCUCUGUCUCGGUCAUGGCUGUCAAGGCUUUCGGCAUUGCCCUGAAGCUCACGCUUGCCGGAAACAACCAAUUCUCGCAUCCGUCCACUUAUGUUUUCUUGCUCUUGACCAUUGUUUGCAUCGUCACCCAGAUGAACUACUUCAACAAGGCCCUAGCCUGCUUCCCCGCCAAUAUCGUCAACCCUCUCUACUAUGUCACGUUCACCACCGCUACGCUCUGCGCGUCAUUCAUCCUCUUCGGCGGCUUCAACACGACCGACACCGUGACUAUCAUAUCGCUUCUCAGCGGGUUCCUCGUCACCUUCGCCGGUGUCUACCUAUUGAAUCUCUCUCGCGGCGACCCCAAUGGCCACAAGCUAAUCUCCGGGCGUCCUAGCAUGGACGUCUCCGGUACUGAUAUGAUCUCGAGCAUCCAGACUCGCCUGAGUAUGCAAUCUAGGAGAAGCCUCGACCCCCACCGCCGCCUCAGUGUGAGCAGUCAGCAUGGUGACCGAGAAGGUCUCAUGAGGGGUUAUGACGAGGAAUCUGGUGCCUUCGGCCUCACCGACCUAGCGGAAGAGAGCGAUGACGACGGCAUCGGCAGGCCUAACGGAUCCACAAAUGGCAACAAGAGGACAUACGGUGACUCGAUAGAGCUGCAAGAACGCAAGUCCGACUCAUAA